CCCCUGGCCUUGCCCAGCGCGCCCCGCGGCGGGGAGGGGCCGAGGCCGCGGCGGCUCUCGGAGGCCAGCGGCCCGGGGGAAGUUGUGUUUGACAGGGAAGUGCCUGGCCCGGCACCGGGGCCGGUCUCGGAGUAGCCCUGAGGUUUCUUUGCCAGGACCGCCUGGUGCGACGGGGCGGGAGCUGCUGCCCUCCUCGGCUUUGGCUGGAGGCGUUUGAAGAUGUCUAAAAAGAAACUGAAGAAAUCGACUGGAAAGGAAGACUGUUUGGAUGGCCAGGAUGACAAAAACUCUGAAGAAACCAGAUCUUACAAACAUACUAUAAUAGGAGAGACAAAACUUCAGAGAUUCAAAACAGAGAAAAAUGAGGAACAGAAGAAGCAAGAUCAAAGUACUGCUCUUUCUCAUGGAACUAAUGGAAGAUCACGAGGAGGAUCUCCGAGAAGAUCGCGGGGAGAAUCCUCAAAUAGGUCCCAAGGAGAAUCUCCAAAUGGAAGCAAAACCAGAGACAAUUCUUUAAUCCAAAAUGAAAGGCAGAAGAAAAUAGUUAUCCAGUUUAAAGCCAAAGAAAUUAAGCAUGGCAAAAGCACACACACUCCUGAGAUAGGGGCUACUGGCAGAAGUCGCUUUGAUGGAGCAGAAGGGAAAAAGCUCUGGCAUAGCUUUGAACUUCAGAGGGACAAGGCGCUGAAGAGGAAGGCAGCAGAGAAAGCUACUGAGAUCUGCAAGCUAAAGCUAAAAGCAGAAAAAACAAUGUUGGAAAAGUUUAAGUCAUCUGUGUCUGAUUCACAUGUACCACAUAGAAAAGCAGAUGGAGUGAAAAAAGGGAGAGAGGACGUCAGGAUACCCAAAAAACUCUCUGACACCUCCACAAAGACUGUGUAUGGAGGCAGACCUUCCUCUAAGAAGUCAAGUAGACUACCUAGGCCUUGGGAAGAAGAGUCUGAAGAAGAGUCUGAAAAAGGAUAUAAGGAAUUUCCUAAGAAGAAACACCAUGUGACUAAACACAGAGCAUCAUGCUGUUCAUCUGAAGCACCCAAACAGUGGGACCCCUGUAAACAAAAGAAAAGAGAGUCAGAUAAAGCCACUAGUGACACAGGGACUGCAGAAAGGGACACUGAAGCAUCAUCUUCUAAGGAGAAUUUUGAGCUCCCCUGUACCUCUGGCUCCUACCAAAAAUGUGAGGACAUCAGAUCUGCCCAAAAGAACUUUGAAGUCUUUCUGCCCACACAACAUAGGCAGAGCCCAGAAACAGACCAAGAGAUGCAGAUAGUUGAAGACCUGCAUGUGGCACGUGUGAAGAAGAAGAUGGCACUGCCUGUAGUACAGACAUGUGGAGAACUCACAAGCAUGGAAAUAGAUCUUCCAGAACCAGAUUUGAAUAUCUCUGCUGAGGCUCUUAGUUCUGGUCUGAACAUACUAGUGGUGAUUGACACAAAUAUAAUGAUUAGUCACCUUGAGUUUGUCAGAUCCCUGAAAUCUGAGGACAUACCAGGCAUUGGCAGACUUGCUCUAGUAAUUCCCUGGGUCGUUCUACAAGAAUUGGACAACCUGAAGAAGGGGAAAAUGCUGCAGCACGUUCGGGACAAAGCUAUCCCUGCAGUCCAGUUCAUCUACAGGUGUCUCAAAAACCAAGAUUCAAAACUCUGGGGGCAGUCCAUGCAGCUUGCCUCCCAAAAAAUGUAUGGCCUGAGUGAUGAGAACAAUGAUGAUCGUGUCUUGCAGUGCUGUCUGCAGUACCAGAACCUCUUCCCUCAAGCUGUUGUCAUACUCUGCACGGAUGAUAAGAAUUUAUGUAAUAAAGCCAUUGUGAGUGAGGUCAAGGCCUUCUGCAAAGCUGAUUUGGUUAAAGCUCUACAGAAUCUGAACAUGAACAGGCACCAGAACUCUGAGCUGCAGCAGUCAAAACGUGAUGCAGAACUGGAGAAACCAGGAAGAGUUGAUGCUAGUCUGACUGCACGAUUCCCAAAUAUGCUUCCAGACCUUGAAAAGAACUUAGGAGAAGCUUUAUCUUGUAUUUUGGAGACUGAAAUGAAAAUUGCUUAUGGAAACCUAUGGAUGGAGAUACUCUAUCUGAAGCCACCAUGGACCUUAGUAAACCUGCUCAAGUGUUACAAAAAACACUGGAUGGCUGUUUUUGGUUAUGUUGUGCCAAGGAGUUUACUUUCAGCCAUUGAAUGCCUCUACAGUCACCUUUCUACAGGUAAACCACUUGACUCCUCAGCAGUGCAGAUCAUACUCCAGGAAUCCAAAAAAAUAUUCCAUGCUUUCAGUUCAAGGUCAGACUAUGAUGGGGUGCUUCCCCAGGCCUAUGCUGCACUGAAUAAGCUCUACCAAAUUCUUACAGAGGUGAGGUCAGACAGUGAGCAGGAUUUAUCAGAAGACAUCAUGGUUCUUUCAGAAAAUGCUGGGUGGGAAAAAAUGGAAGCAAUGGCACCAAAUCUGCAAGAGUCUGAAGAAGGAAAGCCACAUGCAAGCUUUCAGGUGGCUCGAGAAAACAGGCACCAGGAAAUCUGGUCAGUCCUUGAAGGUGUAUGGAAUGCAAUCAACUUGUACAGCAUUGAAAUUUUCCAAAAGUUGGACCUUAAUGCAGUGACUGCAAAGCCUUUAUUUGAAGAAGCUUUUUUAGGUCUGCAGAAACUGUUGGCAGCUGUGAAUGAUAUCAGAGAAGGAAUUAGCAGAUCAACCACAGUGUCAAAUUCACUGCUGAGGAGCUUUAUGAGUGUGUUUCACAGGAGGCCUAUCGGGAGCGGCUGCAGGUCGGUUGUGGGCAGCUGGCCCAGCUGGAGCACACCAUUAAGCAGUGUCACGCAUCGGUUCACGCUGAGGCCAAGAACAGGGGCUGGCUCUGACCCUGGGACAAUGGUUGGAGCUGUGUGUCACUCCCCUGCACUUCCCUCGUCCGACCCAAGUCUAAUUCCUCUGCGGUGUGUGAGGGAGCUACUGGAGGAACCUGAAACAUGCCUCGGUUCUGAUCAACAGUGCUGUUUUCCAUUGGAGAUGAAGGGAAGUAUAGCUACAUCUGUAUAGUACAUGUCAGAGAGAAUUUUCUGUCUCAAGUGAGGGGCUUGGGGCUGCCAAAGGUGGUUUGGUGCACAGCAGUGCCAGGCUGGCAUUACUCUGUUAGCAGCCAGGUUUGUGAGGGGUUGUGCAGGAAAAUCCACUCACAGCUUUGGUUUUGCUGAGCCUUGUGAAGUGCCGAGGGAGCAAACAGCACCUGCUGGGACAGGCUGCAGGGGAAGCAGUGGAGUACGACCCGGGGAGCCUGUGCUGCUGCACACAUGGAGGACUGGACAGGUGCAGUGUGUGCAGCCUGUGAACUCUGGAGGGCUUAAGGGAAGACAUACAAAUGGGCCAGAAAUGGAGUGAUGCUUACUCUAAAACCAAACCCAAAGCCCUCAUGGAGGUGUACUGCUGUCCAGAGCAAAGGGAUGGUUUUCCUCUGUUAGAGUUACCUACUUAAUCUUCAUGCAGCAGAGCCUACUCCCUUGGAGUGCCUCAUCCUUCCUACUUCCUCCUGUAACAGCAGGAGGUUUUUUUCCCUGUUACCACUUCCUCUCCAACUCACCUCAUCUCUGAGCUCCAUCUGACCUCUCUGAAUAUGCUGUUUGUUGCUUUCCAAAACUGCUUUGAAGUCCAUGAAACUUUCUAAGAGCCAUUUUUGAUGCUGCUGUGGCCUUUCAAGCUACCUCUUCCAUGUAUGUAUUUGUACAGAGCCAAGAGGACUGGCAGAAUUCCAGAGGGAGUUUAUUCUGUUAUCAACUUUGGGCUGCAUUUGUAAAGCCUUUCUUGUACAGAUUAAGUUAUUGUUUCAGUAAAUGGCCCUUCAUUCUACCUGGCAGUUCCUGCCAGCAGCUCUACUUUUUGCCUUUCCUGAUGCCUGUGGGUUCCCGUUUAAUGCAGUUCUUGCCCCCAGACACUGGAAAAGCUUCAGGUGGAGUUAUUGUGGGUACAGAAUUAAUUUUAAGGGCUGUUUCCAUUCAAGUUGUUAUCCCAGUUGUGGGACCAGUGUUGGAUGUUGUCAGUUUGUACCAUAAAGGAAGAAGCUGAUCAACUUAA